CGACAUUUACGUUCUUCCGCGUGGACGUAGCGGCGUGCGAGCCGAAAUGUAAACAGAGCUUGAUUUAAUUCCGACUGUUUGAAUCUCCUUUCUUUAGCAGCUCCCGCUUCUCUUGCAUCCUGCUGCGAACCUAAAACCUCACAUAAUCCUAAUUUAACUUUGAUAACAUUCGCAUGUUGGGACGCGAUGCUUACGUUAGAUUCUUACAAACCCGCGAGCAGCUGGAAGUUUGCUAGGAGUUAAGAUGGCUCGGCUGAGCAGGCAUGGGCUCUGUCCGCUGGGCUUUCCGCUGCGGGUCGUGGACACCGAGCAGGUCCGAAUGGUUGUUCGCUGCUCGUUGCGUCCAGCGGGAAGAGAAGGACAGGAUCGGACAGUUUGUUUUCGCCAAGGAUGCUAAGUCGGCGAUGGCUGGCCGGCUGUUGCUCAGGAAGUUUGUGUGUGAGAGGAUGGGAAUCCCCUGGUCACAGGUCAGAUUGGAGCGAUCCCCCCGAGGGAAACCGUGUCUGGCAGCAACACUCCAGGUCUCCACAAGUUCUGAGCCAUCCUGGAGUUUCAACAUCUCCCACCAGGGCGACUAUGCUGUGCUCGCUGCGCAGCAGGGGGCGCAGGUUGGCGUAGAUGUGAUGAAGACCACCAUGCCAGGUAGCAGCUCCAUCCCGGAGUUCUUCCGCAUCAUGACUCGUCAGUUCACAGCGCACGAGUGGAGCACCAUCCAAUCAGCGGGCUCGGAGCACCAGCAGCUUGCCGCGUUCUACCGCCAUUGGACCCUGAAGGAGAGCUUCAUCAAGGCGAUCGGCACAGGUCUGGGUUUCAACCUGCAGAGGGCGGAGUUUCACCUGCCGCCCGAGCCGCUCGCUCAGGGCACCGUGCUGCGCCAGACCAAGAUGCAUCUGGACGAGGAACCAGAGGAGGAGUGGAUAUUUGAAGAGAGCCUGCUGGACGCCGACCAUCACGUCGCAGUAGCACUCGGACCAGCAGACAAGGCAGUCUCUGCACCUCUUCCUCCGCCCGCCACAUUCACGCCGCUGUCGUUCGGUGAGCUCAUGGCCUCGGCCUCGCCGCUGUCAGAAGAAGAUCCUGCCUACUGGGAUAGCUUCAGCAUGAAGGCAGAGGCUCCGCAGAGACAGAGGGAUGCUUAGAUAUCUGGCUGACAACCUGUCUCACGCUGACAUUCACCUGCCCAACACACACACACACACACACACACACACACACACACACACACACACGCACGCCUUUCAGAGGCGCCAAAGAGGAAACGCAAGUUCACUGACAUUGAAGCCGCUUUCUUAUUCAACACAAGUCCAGUCAAGUGCUGUCAAGUUUCUUUGCAGACCUAAAAAUCUAAAGUUUGCCUCCAAGGGUUCUGCUCUGUCUAUCUUUAGAACGGCGCCGAGGGAAUGAAAAAAAAGAAAACUCUUUCAACUUGCAGAAACUGUUCAACUCUGGGUGCCGUUCGGAUGUAUGCUGUAUUUGUCUUCCCUUUUGACACAGAGGUUGUUGUUUUUUUUUUCAGCAUGAUGAGGCUUUUACUUAAAAAGCAAAAUCUGAAAUAAUACUGAGCCUUAUUGAUAUUUGCAAAGUAAAGGAAACUAAAUUAAUGAACCUCUUUGAAAAACCGUGACUAGGUUGAAACAUGGUAUAGAAGUUUGGACAUGUUACAUUUCUGACACACAAUUGCUUAGCUGUCAGCUCGAGCUCAGCUUCUCAGAGGAAAUAGAAACUUUACCACCUCUGCAGGAAGUACUGACUUAUAUGUCAAAGUUGUGUGGAUAUUAUUGUUUUUAUUUAAUCUAUUCAUUCCUUUCCUUGGAUCUUGUAAUAUGUUUGUUUGUCAAAAGCUGGGCCAUGAUGUACCAUUAAUAAAACAUUUUAAGAGUUAAACCCCA